GCAUGACAUAGAACCAUUCCAGAACAGGUGCGAUGCGAUUGGGCUCUGGGGAACAACGUGGGAUCCAAUUUGAUAAAUCGCGAUUCGAUGUCGGCUAUCCAUGAUUUUCUUUGGCGUGAGACAAACACACGAUGCUCGGUUGGAGAUAGUCGUCGGCAAGAGAUAAGCUUCACCACACGCGAUUGGGCCAAUCUGACAAUGUCUUGAACGCAUGCUCAUGCACUUUACUCGGCGGCGUAUGGGCGACGGUUAUUAAUAUCGGCAUACAUGCCUUAUUCUGCAUCUUCAUCAACUUGUUCAGCUUUUACUCAUUCCUCAAGAUUACCAAUAUCAAUAGCCAGUUGCAUACCAUACGGCAUAUCGCUGAUACAUGCAUCUGCAGUUGAGGUACAUCAUUGCUUCAAGUAUCUGCGGUAUAUCGCUGCUUCUCAUCCAACGCUCAUACUCAACACUAUUUUUUGCAACAAUGGCCCCUAAAUCUAAAAGCGGCACAGAAAACAUCCACUCUGGAGCCGCAAAAUGGACUGGCGAGAAGUUUGACGACAAGGGCAAUGUGCUGCCAUUUCCGGGCAACACCAUCAUCUGCCACCUCCCACAGGACAGUGAAUUAUACAAAACACUUUUACCAAUCCAUGAAAUACUCCAGAAGAGCAAAUUCACCAAGUUUUACACUCUUCUGCCGCCGCCGAGCUGGCACAUGACCGUCUUUGAGGGUGUUUGCGAUCACCGGCGCAAGCGUGGGGUGUGGCCCCAGGAGCUGCCGCUCGAUGCACCGCUGCAAAGCUGCCACGAUCUCUUUCGCGAUAAGCUUUCAACGUUUGACCUCAGUGUUCAGCCUCCCCUGAAAUUAUCUGUUACAGGACUGGUAAUGAGCAAGGCCGGGAUUCGCCUCGACCUGGCUGCUGUUGACGACGCUGAAGAGAAACGCCUACGAGGACUCCGUGAUCGACUGUCUGAUCUGCUGCAAAUUCGGGCUCCAGGCCAUGAGACGUACGUUUUCCAUCUAGCUCUUGCAUACAGAAUCGUUCCUGUUAGCAAGGAAGAUGGCGAGGCUCUCACGAUGCUGCUUCAGAAAGGAUAUGAGACUAUUCCUCAUGAGUUUGAGCUUGGUGCGCCCGAAUUCUGCCACUUUGACGAUAUGUUUGCAUUUCAUCGGCAGUUCUAUCUUAAAGAGCAAGAUUAAGACAUAUGGUAAUUUGUCUUGGGGAGUUUAAUUUCUCUGUAAUUGCAGCAUGGCUUAUGAUGAAUAAAAUUUUGCCCUUAAUAGUGAACACUCCUGCCUGUACCUGUUUGAUCAAUUCGUAAUCAUUAAAUUGAGCA